AGAAGCUGUGUUUGCCUCGUCCUUCUGUGGAUGCCUGUGGCCAUCAGCCAGUACAAAGUGAACGACCGCGACGUUAACGCGAACUCAAGCGUGUUAAGAAUAUCAUUUCCUACUUCUAUAAGUAUAUUUGCAAAUUAUUCUCUACUUUCUUCAAUCAUCUUGGUCUUAAAUAGUUUUAUUUACAGUCUUAAAAAUGAUUAUUCAGUGAAACUAAUGUUAGCUUUUUUAUCUUUUUAAGUUUAAUUAUGCUACAAGAAUAAUCCAUGGAAUUCUAGAAGAACAUUCUAAAUGCAACAUAAAUUGAAUUUUGUAGUGUCAAGUGUAAUUACGGAGUGAAUUUGAAUGAAAUUUUUCGGAUUCAAAUCAGGCUAUAUUGAAGGUCAACUAGACCACAUGAUUCAAGAGUUUUAAUAUAACUAGGUCAUUCGGUCCAAGAGACUGAAGAAGUGGCAAAAGACUUUUGAUUACUCCGCCAAGUGAUAACCGGCAAAAAAGAAACGUUAAAUUGGUAGAAUUAAAUUUUAAAUAAAAAUGUGGCGAUUGCUGAAACAGUCUGGACUAUUUUUUCAUGUUUGUGACCACUGUGAAGAAGUCGAUCGACGCUGAUGCUCACUAGGAAUGAAGAUGGCGGCGGUUGGAUAGAUUAUCACUGAAGUGUAUCUUGCAAAUUUUUGAACGGGACUCUUGAUGGUACACAGGGUAUCUUUUGGAUUCUUCAAGUGAUUGGAGAACAAUGGUGCAAUUGUGGCCGUAUUCGAGAGAUUCAAACCGGAAAAUGGCAAACCAAAGUGUGUCAAUAGGAUUUAUUUUCUUACUUGUAGGUCUCCAAAUUAUGGAGGUUUCUGCAAUACGGAAUACACCAACAUCAUCCAAAUCAUUAUCUGAUGACGUAAUUCUAAGUGCUAGUUCUUUUCAUCUUGAUAAAACUUGGUCCAAAGAAAAAAACGAUAAAUCGAUGAGUGAGUUCGAAACUACUCAUCCAACCUUACAACUUCAAAGCUCUCGAAGUGUUGAGAGACUUGACAAGAUAGAUACUGAUUCUUUAAAGUUUACUAGUCUUCAUAGUGGGUUAGAUGCUGUCGCUACGGCAUCUAAACAUGUCGAUGAUAUUGAUGGAAAUAAUAUUGAAGUUAAGCCAGCUGAAUAUUUAAAUGUCAAAUCAACAAGUGAAAUAGAGCAGUCGGGGGAAGGGCAGGGGGCUCCGCAAGGACUGACCUUGUCGGAGCCCCUUUAUCCCACUGGAUCAAACCAACAACGACAAGGACGUCAAGAAGUACCGAGGAUUUAUAGUGAGAGAGCUUUACCUUCUAAUAUGCAAACUGCGACAGUAGGGAAUCGUCAAGCAAACCCUGAUAUCCAGGACAUUAUAACUGGAAUUGUUAAAUUACUUAAUGGCAAUGUCAAUGUUGCAGCCAACACUAUUCGACCCCACAAGCCUGUACAAGCUACGAGGAUUAAUAAUAGAGGUCCGCCAAGAAUCUCCGAUCUACCACCAUUACCACCGGACUUCGAUACACCUGAAAUGAAUCCUCCUCCCCUCCCAGAGCAGCCGUAUCCUUUCGAUAAACCGCCUGCACCAGAAAAACCAUCAAUCAAUCAACUGCCCCCAAUUCAAGAGCGACCGACACCUCCUAAACCUUACAUAAAUGGAGUUUCGGUUACAGAGGCAGGUGCACCGGUAAAUCGACCUUGGAAUAGACCUUAUCGACCUUCCAACAGACGACCUAUUCCGCCAUAUAAACCUUUACCAUCUCAUGAAAUGGAUAACUUUAAUAAAAAUGAAAACAAGAAUGAUAACAAGCCUACACAAGUCAGUACAUCAACUGAUCAAUCGAAUGAAAACUUAACAAGCCCUGAACAAACUCCAGAAGAAACAGCAACAAAAAAGCCGUUGAAAUAUCAACCACCCUUAAAACAAAAUCAAAUAAUGUCCGAGAAUACUUUGGUCUUAGGAUCAGACGUUCAGCCAAUUCCCAUACCAACUCAACCGGAGCAUUCUAUCAAACCGGUUGCACCUUCUGAUAGUCAUGAAUCAUCUAAAUCGAGUCUGACUCCUCAGGAAGCAAGUUCAGAAACCAAAUCAGCAGAAAUAGAAUCUACUACGCGUAAUAUUAUGCGAACAACUUUAAAGAUUGAAACGAGUUCUUCUAUUCAAGUUAUUGAACCGACAAAAACCAUAAUUGAGGUUCAACCUGCGAUUGUGCCCCUUGAGAAUAACUCAGAAGCUUCCAAUAAAUUGUCUCCGGUAAUUAGUGACACAAUGACUAUAAUUGAACCAAGCAAAGCAUCAGAGUCAAGUUACAGUGGAAAUUAUCAUAUAUCUACUCCGACAGAAGGCUUACCAACCUCAACAACUUCUAAGUCGUCUGGUCUUUUUGAAACUAUGACUCAGCAUCCUACAUCUACCACAUUUUAUAAAAAUCCUGCUUCGAUAAAUCACUACAAUUAUCGUCCGAGACCGGGAAUUGUAUUAGAUGAUACUUUAGAUUAUACUAAAGCACCAGGAUUAGUAACUCAGAGGCCUUAUGCACCUCCAAGACAUCCUCCACUUGGAGAUAUCUUUGAUGUAACUGUUUCUGCUAUUCAAGGACCCGGUGGUGCAUCUGGUGAGAGUGUCCGAGUAUCUGUAAAUCCUACAGGUGGUCAUGACGUUAUCUUAACAUCAGCUGUUGAAGGGCAAGGAUUUGUUAGUAUUGAUGGCAAGAGAACGUACUUGAACUUAUUUGAUAAUUCUGAUGAAAACAUUGUUGCCACCAAAACUCACAUUCAACCUACACGAAUACAAGGACCAAUAAUUGGUACGGGAUAUGCAGUCCCUCAAGUGGAUACUAGUUCAAUUACUUCGAGACCUAAUGGAUUGCCCAGACGACCGACGUUUCAUCGAAGACCUACACAACCACCUGUUAGGAUCGAUACUUGCAUUGUUGGUGAUUUAAGCACUUGUGAUGCAAGUCAGCAUGAAGCUUGUGCUACUAUCCAAGGAGUAUCCGCAUGUCAUUGUAAACCUGGAUAUGCACGAUUGGUUCAUUCGUUGCCAUGUAAAAAGGUUGUUAGUAUCGUAGUUUCUAUUAGAAUUGAUAGAAUUUAUGACUGGAAAGUUACUUGGAGUCAUGAUCUAGCUGAUAGAGAAUCUGAAGCGUAUCAAACUAUUGCUUAUGAAUCAAACAAAGCCAUUGAGUCUGCUAUGUCAAUGACACCGUUUUCUGAUGAGUACAUGGGCUCUUUAAUUAAUAGCGUCUAUCAAGGUGACGUUAGUAAAGGCCAAGGUGGCGUUUUUGUAAAUGCAACACUAAAAUUAACUCACGAGUCUCGAACCGCGAGACCUUCUUUAGCUGGAGAGCUUCAGAGGCAUUUACUUGGUGUUAUACACAGAAGAAAUAAUAAUAUUGGAAAUAGUGCUGUUUUUGUUGAUACUCCAGUUGGAUCUAUUUCCAGUCUUCAAGAUUUAGAUGAAUGUGCAUCAUCAGAAUUGAAUGAUUGUAACUCUUCUGCUAUUUGUACAAAUAAUUGGGGUGGUUUUACUUGUCACUGUAAACCAGGUCUUAAAGAUCCUCAUAAAGAUGAUCCCCUCCUUGCUGGCAGGACAUGCAUUUCAUGUGCAUCAUCACAUUGUAAUAAUCGUGGAAGUUGCUCUUAUCAAGGCAAUGCAAUGCAAUGCUCUUGUACUGGUAAUAAUUACGGGGCGCAAUGUGAAAUUGACGGCGAAGUUUUAGGUGUAGCUAUUGGUGCUUCUGUUGCUGCUCUAAUAAUUAUUAUUCUCACUGUAGUUUGUCUCGUGAUGUGGAGCCGUCGAUGGUCAAGAGAACAAAAUGUAAUGGGUUCUCCAGUUUAUGGAUACGUGCCAGGAGGAAUUUCAGCAGUUGGAUCUGCCGGAACUAUAGCAUCAGUGAAGCAGGGUCCACCUUCUGCUCUGCCACCAUAUUUAUGGGGUCACAUAACUGAGCAUAUGGCUACUGCUAAUUUAUAUGCAACAGAACCUAUGGGUCCGACAAGGUCUAAUUCUGCAGGAUUUAGAUAUCCAACAAUGAGUUGUCAUAGUACAUUACCGCCUGUUCCAUUACCAAGACUCCAAGCGCCGCCACAUCCGAGACAAAGAAGCCAGCUUGAUCCUGACAGUUCAGAUUCUGAACUACAAGAUCGAGAUCGUGCUGACUUAAUCCCUCAAAGCAAUGGCUUUCAUGUGCCUAGACCGAGGUCUAGAUCAUCUUUAGCGAAUCAAAGUGGCAUUUAUUAUGAUGUCGAAUAUGAUCAAGGAGAUUCUCAUCAUUUAUCACAAAAUAAUAUCCCAAUGUCAACUUAUAGUAUGGCACCAUACUACAGAACGUAAACUUGAAGAGUUUGCAAUGACUUACUGAAACAGAAGCACUGAAAAUAUAAAUCACAUUAAUUAUAUAAUGUGGUUUAUUAAUCAUAAAUAAUAGUCAUUGCAUCAGUUAAAUUGAUGCAUUUUCUAGCUCAAUGAUAGUUUUUAUGGAAAAAACUAAUUCAAAAUGAAAAUGUUAUUUUAUAAAUAAUGAAAUUAUAAAUUUCGUUAGUUGAUUAGUUAUAAUUUAUGAUAAAUAUUAAAUUAGUAUAAAUAUAAAUUAAUGAAUGAUGAUUAUAUUUGAAGAUAUUUUUUAAUUAAUGAAAGUAUUUUUUUUAUGAUAGGUGAAGGCCAAACUCGGCGUAAACUUGUAAAACUUAAACAAAAAAUAAAAGUAGGAUGAAAAUCAAUUUUUGAUGUAAAAAAUAUCAUCGUAUUACAUAGGUUUUAAACAAACAGCAAUGAAAGAAUAAGUUGAAGUUUACAUUUAAUCGAUGUAAUUAAUAUUAUUUUGUUUCUUUAAUUACACAAUUUUUCAAGUUGAAUACAAUAAACAUUUGAAAAUUUAACGCAGAUCAUCAUUUUUUUCACUUGUAUAUAAGAUAUCACUGUGUAUAAGCAUUCAUAGAUUAACAAGGAUAAAAAGAUUAUAUCAUCAUACUUCGACAAAUAUAAAUUCUU